CUGCAGAGCAAAGAGGGAGAAGACAAACACAAACAGCGGAAUCACUCCGACGCAGGAGAGGAGUUAAAACACUGACGUCUGUGAGUCUGUACACUUCAACGUGUGUUGUAUCAGGCUGGAGCUCGUGUGGGCUUCUUCUCAUGGGUGCAUCUGUGUGCCGGUACGGGCGCUCGCUCCUGCCUGUCCGGGGUCACGGCAGGGUCGAGGACCAUAAGGGGGAUUUGAUAGGUGGGGAUGACUCUUUGGACGGGCUGGACAGACAGGAGGACAUCGCCCAGUUCCCCUAUGUGGAGUUCACAGGCCGAGACAGCAUCACCUGCCCCACCUGCCAGGGGUCCGGACGCAUCCCAUCAGGUCAGCUGAAUGAGUUGGUUGCUCUGAUACCCUACAGCGAUCAAAGGUUACAGCCACGGUGGACGAAGUCGUAUGUGGUGCUGUCAGUGGUUUUGUGCCUGCUGGCGUCUGUUCUGGUGGCGUUCUUCCUGUUUCCACGUCCCGUGCUGGUCGUUGACGACGGCAUUCGCUCGGUGACGGUCCACUUCGACCGUAACAACAGCAAAGUGCUCAUCAACAUGACGAGCUCCCUGAACUUCACCAACUCUAAUUUCUUCACGGUGUUGGUGGACAGUGUGAGCUGUCAGGUGCUCUACAUGAAGACUGUCAUUGGUUCCCAAACACUGGACAAUGUCAUCCACAUUCAGCCUCUCAGCCAGAGACAGGUCAACUUCACUGUCAGUGUGGAGAUUGGAGGAAGCCUCUCUUAUGUUUAUGCCUUUUGCACCAUGGCAAGCAUCAAGGUCCACAACAUUGUGGUGUUCAUGCAGACCUCAGUGAAGACCUCCUACAUGGUGCGGACGGCCCAGAACACACUGGAGUCUUACCGCUACAUCGACUGCGGCGCCAACACCACCACCCACCAGCCCUCUGGGAUGAUGUGGUCCAAACCUCACUUCCCUCAGGAUGGGAAACUGCUCAGGUGAAACAACUGAACGGCUGGGAUCUCAAUGGCAGCGCGGUUUCAUCCAAUCGACUCCAAAUUCUGUGCUUUACUGAUACUGAACAGAGCAGCUAUGUUGAAAGAUAUUGCUUGAAUGAAUCCCUCAGUAUGAAACAUAUGCUCUCUGCUCAAGGUCAAUUCGAGAGCUUCUCACCUGCUAUAGCUUAAAGGGAUAGUUCACCCAAAAAUGAAAAUUCUGUCAGUAUUUACUCGCCCUCAUGUUGUUCCAACCCCG